AUGUUGUCCAGAGCUAUUUUCAGAGGAGCCCGUGUGAACAGCAGAAAUCUGCUUACUUUUGCUGGUCAAAGAACCAGUGUGAUCCGUUCUAUGCCUAGAAUGGCCCAAUUUCAAUCGGUACGGAAAUACUCUGACCAUCACGAUGAAGAAACUUUCGAAGAGUUCACCGCUAGAUACGAAAAGGAAUUCGAGCAGGCGUACGAUUUGUUCGAAGUGCAAAGAGUCUUGAACAACUGUUUCUCCUACGAUUUGGUGCCUGCCCCAGCCGUGGUUGAAAAGGCCCUAAGAGCGGCAAGAAGAGUCGACGACUUGCCCACAGCCAUUCGUGUUUUCGAGGCCCUUAAGUACAAGGUUGAAAAUGAGGAACAGUACAACGCUUAUUUGAACGAAUUGAAGGAUGUCCGUGCCGAAUUGGGAAUUCCACUAAAGGAAGAACUUUUCACUAACUAG